AUGCAGCACUCCACAGAAACCACACCCUCCCAGCUGUCCCCGCUCCUCCGCCUCCCAAUCGAGCUCCGCCGCCUAAUCUACAGCCACGUCCUCCCCCACACCACCACCUUCGAAGUGCGUUUCCAGCACCCUCCCGACCCACCCCCAAAGUCCGAAUACAAUCUGACCUUUGUGCGGCAGAAGAACGGCGACGGGGGCUGGCGCAUGCAACGCACACUACCACGCACAGAGCGCGAGACAGGCAACGACAUAGUCUGGCGGCGCGGGCACACGAGCCUCCUCGCCGUGUCGCGAUACGUCCACGAGGAAGCUGCAGACAUGCUAUACGGAGACAAUACCUUUGUGAUUGACGUGACGUUCGACGCGAUCAACUUUCGGUAUCGAUGGCGCACGGCGAAUAAUCUUACGCCGAACCGGACGUAUCCGUUCUUGGAUCACUUCUCGCAGAGGAAUCUGCUGAGGAUCAGGAAUUAUGUUGUUAAUGUUGAGUCUGUGGAUGAUUAUACGGGGAUGAUCAAGUAUAAUUGCGGGGGCAGAGGCUUGCCGGCUGGCAUAAAGAGUAAAGUACGGGAGCUGGUUGAUCUGUUGGCUGUUGCGCCGCAGAUAUAUCGGCUGCAGGUGCAUCUGAUAGAUGGCGCGAUUAGUCGCGUGAGGUUUCCCAGUGGACGGGUACAUCGUGUGCAGGACGAGAGUAACUAUGCGCAGACACAGCUAGUGCUUGAUCCUUUUAGGGCUGUAUAUGGAGUCAGGCAGGCAGUUGUUAGUGGUGUUGAUGAUGAGUAUAAAGAAGCCCUGGAGAAGAGCAUGACUGCCGACAAGACACACUGA